UCACAGAGUUGAUUAAAUCUGACCUGAUGUCAUCACUUCACUUCACAGUUUUACUGUGUGUCUGACACUUAUAUUCGUGAAUGCGGGAGUCUGGGAUUAAAUGUUCAGUAAUUAUGGAGGGUUCCACGAUUAAAAGUCGGAUUAAAAAUCUUCUGCGCUCGCCUUCAAUGAAACUGAGGAAGAAUCGACGCGGAAUGAAGGAGAAUCAGUCCAGUAAGGUGACGUUAGAGCGAGUUCUGGGUAUCACGACUGCAGGAACCAGCGGUUUAACAUGUGACCCAAACUCUGGGACGGUGGCGUAUCCAGCCGGGUGUGUUGUUGUGUUACUGAAUCCAGCAAAAAACAGCCAACAGCACCUCAUCAACUCCUCCAGAAAAACUAUCAGCGCAUUGUCGUUCUCCUCCGAUGGCAAAUAUCUCGUCACAGGAGAGUGCGGUCAUCUUCCUGCAGUGCGUGUUUGGGACGUGUGUGAAGGGAUGCAGGUCGCCGAGUUACAGCAGCAUAAAUACGGCGUGUCGUGUGUGGCGUUCUCUCCCAACAGUAAAUACAUCGUCAGCGUGGGCUCGCAGCAUGACAUGAGCGUCAACGUCUGGGCCUGGAAGAAACGCACACUGGUGGCCGCUAACAAGGUGUCCUGUAAGGUGACGGCGGUGUCGUUCUCUGAAGACAGCUCACAUUUUGUCACCGCAGGGAACCGGCAUGUUCGAUUCUGGUACCUGGAACCCUCUCUCUCUAAAAAGCUGUCCACACCCGUCCCGUUAAUGGGACACUCCGGUCUGCUCGGAAAACUUCAGAACAACUUCUUCUGUGACGUGGCAUGUGGCCGCGGGCAGAAGUCCAACAGCACGUUCUGCAUCACGUCAUCGGGGUUACUGUGUGAGUUUAAUCACAGGAGAAUUCUGGAGAAAUGGGUCGACCUGCAGACGAUUUCAGCGCGCUCUCUGUCUGUCACGGAUGAUCUGAUCUUCUGCGGGUGUGCGAACGGAACGGUGCGUGUCUUCAGCGCACCUGACUUGAGAUUUAUCUGCACGCUGCCACGCCCACAUCACCUGGGCAUCGACGUGGCAGCGGUCACUCAGGCGAGUCAUCUGUUCUUCAGGAAACCUGAUGCCCAUUAUCCUGACUCCGUGGCGCUGACCUUUGACCCUGUGAACCGCUGGCUGUCAUGUGUGUAUAAUGAUCACAGUAUAUACGUGUGGAGCACGCGAGAUCUGCGGCGAGUGGACAAAGUUCACUCGGCCCUCUAUCACUCGGCCGCUGUGUGGGAUUUACAGAUGUAUUCAAAAGACUCCGGUGUGUGUAAGUCUGGUCCGGGAUCCUCUGAAAUGUUCUUCAGCUGUUCGACUGACAACACCGUUCGGAUGUGGAGCGCAGACGGUGUUCCCGACUCCACCAGCGGCAACGUGUUAAGCGAUGAUCUUCAUAAAGUGAUGUACAUGGAUGAUAACAGCGCCUCCUUGCGGGACAUCGAGGGAACUGCGAUCGUCUCAGAUAAACCCGAGGGCUGCAUGUCCGACUGCAGAAGUGGCAUCAGAAGCAUCUGUGUGAGUCCAGAUGGCAGACAGCUGGCAUCAGGAGACCGAAGUGGCACACUCAGGGUUCAUGACUUGACCUGCAUGAAGGAGAUUCUGCGAUCUGAAGUGCACGAGUCUGAGAUCUUGAGUCUACAAUACUCCAAACCACAUACAGAUAUGAAUCUUCUGGCCACAGCGAGUCGAGAUCGUUUGAUUCAUGUGUUGGAUGUUGAUGAAGACUACAGUCUGCUGCAGACGCUGGAUGAGCACUCUUCAUACAUCACUGCAGUACACUUCACUGCCAGUGAAGGGAGAGUGCGUUUGAUCAGCUGUGGAGCAGAUAAGAGUGUGUACAUCCGCACCGCUCACAGGACCGUCAGAGGAACCGAAUUCAAACGCACGCACCAUGUGGUGCGUAAAACCUCUCUGAAUGACAUGGACAUUGAUCCGACAUGCAAGUAUGCGGCCGUGGGCUGUCAGGACCGAAGCAUCAGAGUGCUGAACGUCAGCAGCGGGAAAAUAAAGAGAUCUUAUAAAGGCUCUCAGACUGACGACGGCAGUUUAUUAAAGGUUCAGAUCGACCCGUCUGGGCUGUUUGUGGCCUCAAGCUGCUCUGAUAAAAACAUAAGUCUGUUUGAUUUCCACACGGGAGAAUGUCUCGCAGCCGUGUUCGGACAUUCAGAAAUCAUCACAGGUUUAAAGUUCACCAGUGACUGUAGACGUCUGAUCUCAGCAUCAGGAGACAGCUGUAUCUUCAUAUGGCGACUCGCUCCAGAACUGACCAUCAACAUGAGCGAGCGACUGUCGCGACUCAAACAGCGUCACACCGUUAAAAACACCCCGUUCAGAUGCUCGUCUGCGAGUGAUUUUACACUGAACGGUUCCUCCUUCAUGAGCUGCUCCUCUGAGAGUGACCGAGAGGUAGAUGAAAGUUUGGGAAGAUCUGAAGGUAACGAAGGUCAUCAGGACGGCUGUCAUCGUCUGUCUGUGUCUGAGACCAGCAUUGAAGAGGAACCAGGUGCAUCUGAUGAAGGAAAUGAUUGCAAACCAGUUCAGGGUUCAUCUGUGGACUCGAGUCCGUGUGGAGUGGCGUCUCGGCCGCGGAGGCGCUGGUCGUCUCGUAUCGGCUCUCUGGAGCUCAUGGUGAAGUCCAUGAUGGAGCUUCGGCAACUGGAUUCUCUUUCUGAAGAAGCAGGUCGGAACCGAAGCUUCACUGAGCCGAUCAGAACGGAAGGACGAGGAAGCACCGUUAGUCUGCAGGAAUGCAGUAAGAAGCGUCGAGCGCGUCCUCACUCGGCGUGGUUGACUCCAGCCUCUAAACCAGAACCCGAUGGUGUCGUGUUGUACCCAGAACACUGUACCAGCAGAACCAGUUUGCCUGGACCUACAGACCAGGUUCAGAGUCCCGCUGAGGGGGGACAGGAGAGAGAAGACACUCCGAGUCCUGUCAGUGGAUUCUCUAUGGGCUACUGCAGUGGAGCUUCCAGUCCAGAUCAACAGCUUGGCGACUCGGAUGACCCACAGCCGCUCAGCUCUGAUGAUGAACUGUGUGAGCGAGUGGAAGUGUUAGACUCUGAGAGGAAGCAGAUCUCUAAUUCGGAGAGUUUUCGUCAUGAGGACUUCCUUGAGGCGCUGUCAGACGGCACUGGUGCUGGGACUCGACUCAGACCUGACGGCAUCGUCUCGGCACACUUCCUUGGCCAGAAGUCCACCUCCAGGACUGGCACUCUGUUUAAAGCUAGUAACUGUAGUACAAGUGUGAAAGUGAUGCCCACCGUCAAAUCCCUGAUUGAGGAGAAGCAUCGAGAGGACGAUAGACAGACAAUCGCUCCAGAGCGAGAGACCGUCCUGUGGUCCAGCACACAGAGGAGUCACCCGUACCUGACCCGAGUCUCCAGCCCCAUUAGCAAACCUUCAGCAGGACUCCAGAAAUCUGCUUCAGGGCAAUGUCUGCCCACAGACACAUGCAAGUCCCUGACUUCAUCCCGUCUGCGUCGAGAGGCGCGUCCUAUCCUGCCGAAGCUCAUCAUGGAGAAGAACGAGUGCAGAUCUCAGCGCCCUUCUCCCUCCGCUCCAUCCUCCCCACAGUCCUGGGAAAGUCCAAAGUCCAGUCGGCCUCUCCGAGCUCGUUCUUACAUGAGUCCCACCACCAGCUCCAGAGCCAAAAUCACACGCUCCGUGUCCAUCGGGGAGGACCUGCAUUUGGUCACCGGUUCUGGCGAGAUCUUACCAAGCACGUCUCCUUCCAGCCCGUCCCGCAUGAACUCUCCAUUCCCAUCAUAUCCGUCUUCAACAACUCCGGCCGAACCAAAACAUACUGGUCCUAAAGCUCUUCCAUCAAAAGCGGUGAAACCUCGCCUCUGUCAGAGGAUGAGCAGCCCGUUCUCUGAAUGGUCGAGCAGAUCCACCACAAGAACUUUCCACGAAGACUCUUCUGUUGAGUUUCAAGCUCUUCAUGUUGAAGCAAACAUUGACUCCGGUCCGACGGAAAGUGUCAUCACCCCUCGUCCUGAAGACCAGCAACCUCAUGAGCUAUUCUGCCACGCUCUUCAGCGUGAACGCCCUCAAGUGGCCGUCAAGGCGUUCUCGGUGACUUGUGACAUGACUGCUGAUCAAGAGUGUGCAGUCAGUGUGGAGGUGUGCAGACGGGCCGCAGCUGAUCUGUUCUCUAGUGUUCAGAGAACAACACAACUCUACAGGACGCUGGUGUCGUGUGCCGGCGCUGUGGAGCAGCAGCAGAUGUUGGCAGAUGUGUUACUGCAGGUGCGUUCAGAGCUGGAUUCAGUCACACCUGCACCUGUGAUGAAGACGAUGAUGAUGAUGGAAGAGGAGAAGAACACGCUCUCAUUACUGGAACAAUACUCACAACUCCUGCUGCAGUCUGUGGAGAAGAGACUACAACAGCACAUCUGACACGCGUGUGUACGGGUCAGUUCAUGAGGUCUCAUGGGAUAUUUAAAUAAGAGUUUUAAAUCAUUCUUUUCUCACAUGUGAUUUGUGUAAUUGUACAUUUUUAAUUGCUUUGAAUAUGAAUUUUAAUUUGUUUUAUUGCCAAAAAUGUUUGUCUAUGCAUGUUUUUAUUGACACUAAUGACCCAUAAAGUGUCAUUUAUCGGUGAAGAUUUUAUCCAUUUGUUUUUAUGUACUUGUGAUGAUGUCAUUGUGAGUUUAUCUGUUGUGUAUCAAGAGUUGCACAGAGUUAUUACACU